CACCAGCAGGAGCUCCCUGAAAGCGCAUGCGUGCAGCGCUGCCUAUCAAAAAAGACUACAAAUUCCAGAGAUGCUUGCGGCAUCUCGCGUAAACGUCCCUUCUUGAAAGUAGCAAAGGCGUCCAAGCCCAAGGAAGUAGACUCCACUGACCUUCGGGACAACCCGGCCGCAGCGCAGCUAUGAACUUGGAGCGAGUGUCCAACGAGGAAAAGUUGAACCUGUGCCGGAAGUACUACCUAGGUGGUUUUGCUUUCCUGCCUUUUCUCUGGUUGGUCAAUAUCUUCUGGUUCUUCCGAGAGGCCUUCCUUGUCCCGGCAUAUACAGAGCAGAGCCAAAUCAAAGGCUAUGUGUGGCGCUCGGCUGUGGGCUUCCUCUUCUGGGUGAUUGUACUCACCACCUGGAUCACCAUCUUCCAGAUCUACCGGCCCCGUUGGGGUGCCCUUGGGGACUACCUCUCCUUCACCAUACCCCUGGGUACCCCCUGACAACUUCUGCACAGGGCUGGGACCUGCUCAUUCUCCCAGGAUGGGCUCCUCUAUUCUGAGCCCGCUCUCAAGCCCCUAAGACUUGUUCCUAUCUCCUAUGUUCUCUGAGGACAUCCUCCAAUAAAUGAUCCUAAUUCUC